GGGAGGCGGCGGAGGCCAGAGUCCAGAAGGCCUGGCUGCGAGGGAAUGAAGCCUCCGCCUUCUCGGGCAGAAGCCUUUAAAUACAGGCGCGAGUCCGGGACUCGGGACGCGGCGCUAGGCAUCCUGACGCAGGGGAGUGCGUGCAGUGCGGACGGGGCGCGGUGCAGAAGCUGCGGCGGCGCGGUGCGGAGCAAGUGCAGUCAUGUUUGAAAUUAAGAAGAUCUGUUGCAUUGGCGCGGGCUACGUUGGAGGACCCACAUGCAGUGUCAUUGCUCACAUGUGCCCUGAAAUCAGAGUAACAGUUGUUGACGUUAAUGAAUCAAGAAUCAAUGCAUGGAAUUCUCCAACCCUUCCCAUUUAUGAGCCAGGACUAAAAGAAGUGGUAGAAUCCUGUCGAGGAAAAAACCUAUUUUUUUCUACCAAUAUUGAUGAUGCCAUCAAAGAAGCUGAUCUUGUAUUUAUUUCUGUAAACACUCCCACAAAAACCUACGGCAUGGGGAAAGGCCGGGCAGCAGAUCUGAAGUACAUCGAAGCUUGUGCGAGACGCAUUGUGAAGAACUCAAAUGGGUACAAAAUCGUGACUGAGAAGAGCACAGUCCCAGUGCGGGCAGCCGAGAGCAUCCGUCGUAUAUUUGACGCGAACACAAAGCCCAACUUGAAUCUACAGGUGCUGUCCAACCCUGAGUUCUUGGCAGAGGGGACAGCCAUCAAGGACCUCAAGAACCCAGACAGAGUGUUGAUUGGAGGGGAUGAGACCCUGGAGGGCCAGAAAGCUGUGCAGGCCCUGUGUGCUGUCUACGAGCACUGGGUUCCCAAGGAGAAGAUCAUCACCACUAACACUUGGUCUUCAGAGCUUUCCAAACUGGCAGCGAAUGCUUUUCUUGCCCAGAGAAUCAGCAGCAUUAACUCCAUCAGCGCUCUGUGCGAAGCGACAGGAGCCGAUGUGGAAGAGGUAGCAGCAGCCAUUGGGAUGGAUCAGAGAAUUGGCAAUAAGUUUCUAAAAGCCAGCGUUGGUUUUGGUGGGAGCUGCUUCCAAAAAGAUGUGCUGAACUUGGUUUAUCUCUGCGAGGCUCUGAAUUUGCCGGAAGUAGCUCGCUAUUGGCAGCAGGUCAUAGACAUGAAUGACUACCAGAGAAGGAGGUUUGCUUCCCGGAUCAUAGACAGUCUGUUUAAUACAGUGACUGAUAAGAAGAUAGCUAUUUUGGGGUUUGCAUUCAAAAAGGACACUGGUGAUACAAGAGAGUCCUCCAGUAUAUAUAUCAGCAAGUAUCUGAUGGACGAAGGUGCACACCUCCAUAUAUACGAUCCCAAAGUGCCCAGGGACCAAAUAGUUGUGGAUCUUUCUCAUCCAGGUGUUUCAGAGGAUGACCAAGUGUCCCGGCUUGUGACUAUCUCUAAGGAUCCAUACGAAGCGUGUGACGGUGCCCAUGCUGUUGUUAUUUGCACUGAGUGGGACAUGUUUAAGGAGCUGGAUUAUGAACGCAUUCAUAAGAAAAUGCUGAAGCCCGCCUUUAUCUUCGAUGGACGGCGUGUACUGGAUGGGCUCCACAGUGAGCUACAAAACAUUGGCUUCCAGAUUGAAACAAUUGGCAAAAAGGUGUCAUCCAAGAGAAUUCCAUAUGCUGCUUCUGGUGAAAUUCCCAAGUUUAGUCUUCAGGACCCACCUAGCAAGAAGCCCAAAGUAUAGACACUGCCAUUUGUAUUUGUGAUCAUUUUGGUACUUCAGGAUAGCAAAUAUCUAUCUGAUGUUAAGUGGAAAAUGAACCAAGUGUUUUUAAGCAAGCAAAAUUAUUUUUUUAAUCCUCAAAUUUAUACUAGCUACAUGGUGUUAGCAGAUCUGGUAAUCAUGAAUCUAGAAUAUUUUUUACAUAUUUUUAUAUUAUUGCUAGCUCAGUAAUUGGAUGAGUGGAAAAUAAUCAUGUUGGUUUUAAUGGUAUCACUUUUUUGUAAAAGAAAAAGUAAACUUAAGACAUUUUUAUUUUAUAAAUUGUCCAUAGGCAGCACUUACCUUCAUUGGAAAGGGAAAGGCAUGCUAGUUUUCCUGGGCCUUGGUUUAUUUGCUUAUCACUAAAUAUGUAUUUUGAAAGCAUGCAAUUAUCAUGUUACAUAGCCUCUGCAAGUAUGGUUAAAGGAGUCCAGGCUGGCCUGAAACUUGGAAUCCUCCUGCCUCAGCAUCUCAAGUGUUGAGAUUAUAGGUGUGGGCCACCAUGCCUGGCUCCUUUUAUUUUAAUGGGAUAUGUCACUGACUUUUAAUCCAAAAAGAUCAUCACUGUGUAUUUCCAAUUUUUCAUUUAAAGAGUGUUAUCUUUUUAUUUUUAAAAAAUUGACUUGAGGGGAAAAUCAGCAAUAGGGUCUAUUUUUCUCCUCAUUUCUUAGCUAUCGUCAUUGAUCACUACUUUUGCAGUCUGAGUCAAUGUUUAUCACCUUUAUUUUGCAUUUUUAUUUGUAUUCUUAAUUCCAAUUUUUUCUUUAA